CUGCAUGACGUCAGUUCGGACAUUUUCCAUAAAUAUUUCGAAAUUUUUUUAUUUUUUAUUCAUUUUAUUGACUUAUUUUUCAACGCGACGCUAUUUCUCCUUGAUUCGAAUGCUGGUAAUCGAUCGAUACGCUGAACUGUUUUCAAAGUAAUGUUUUUCAAGAUCUGUCGGAAUAUUUGUGAGAAUCUAAAAAAUUUGGAAAUAUCUAAAUUCAAAUCUCUCAACUUGUUUCAAAGAUAUAACGGUUAAGAAACUACAAUUUUUUUGGGUAGCAUUUGAAAACCUAAUGAUUUACCGGAGCUCUGUUAGUAAGUAAAGUGGACUGGAGAACCGGAUGCGGCAAAAUAUUCAAAUCAAGUACUGUUGAGCUUGACAAUAUCUGUGAUAGAUCGAAUAUUUUGUGACGAUUUUGUUAAAGGAAAUUCGUUCCCUCUGUUUUUGAUCGUGCGAGGAUCAUUGUUUUUAUAUUCAGUUUGAAGAAUUUUGUGAUACGUUAAUAUCUUUGACGAUGAAAACGCACUUGACUCUUCUCUUCGGUACGGUUGACGUUGGUGAGAGCAAAAGGCUCGGUCCCAGUCAAAACAUAGCAUAUAUUUUAAUCUCGCGUACGCGACAAAGUUUGUCAAAAGUUAACCGAUGUGAAAUAAACAAAAAUGUUGAACGAUAGUCUUCCAUGUAUUGUCGCACAAUUCCGGUGAUAUUAAAGAUUAUGAAUGUUUUUAAAUAAAUGUACUAUCAAUUACAAAAACGACUGUUCUCUCGACUGUAGAGGUUAUAACACGAAUCAGUAUAUUUUCUAACCUCUCGUGCAAUACGCGAGCUGGAUGGAAAAAACUAUUUUUUUUAAUAAUUAAAUCCGUUCUUUGCCACUAUUUCAACGAUUUAGUAUUUAAAAUAAUUUGACAAUGCUGCAGACACUACGUGAACGCUCUCAGAAGCGUAAAAAACUACUCGCACAAACAUUGGGUGUGGCCAAUGUCGAUGAACUCCGACAAAUCUUAGGCACUGAUAUCGACAGCGUUCAAAAAAAAAGAGCCGACGCAAGAUCAUCCAAAGCAGACGACGAAGCAAGAAAUCCUAGAGAAGAUAAUGCUGAUGAAAUAGUUUACAAAGAUUCAUCGACGUUCUUAAAAGGAACUCAAUCUUCAAAUCCACACAAUGACUACUGUCAGCAUUUCAUUGACACCGGUCAGAGACCGCAGAAUUUUAUAAGAGACGUGGGGCUGGCGGACAGAUUCGAAGAAUAUCCAAAGCUCCGUGAAUUGAUUAAGUUAAAAGAUGAUUUGAUAUCGGAAACAGCAACUCCGCCAAUGUAUUUGAAGACAGAUUUACUCAAGUACAAUCUUAAAGAGCUCAAUUGCAAAUUCGAUGUGAUACUGAUAGAGCCUCCGCUUGAAGAAUAUCAGAGAACUUGUGGAGCAACGAAUUUGGAGUUGUGGAACUGGGAUCAAAUAAUGGAGCUUGAUAUCGGUGAAAUAGCUGCCAAUCGAAGCUUCGUUUUUCUAUGGUGUGGUAGCAGCGACGGACUUGACAUGGGGCGUUUCUGUUUACGUAAAUGGGGCUUCAGACGUUGCGAGGACAUUUGCUGGAUUCGUACCAAUAUCGACAAUCCGGGACACAGCAAAAACCUCGACAGUAAAGCCGUUCUACAAAGAACGAAAGAGCACUGUCUCAUGGGAAUUAAAGGGACAGUCAGAAGAUCGACCGACGGUGAUUUUAUACACGCUAAUGUCGACAUCGAUCUUAUUAUAUCGGAAGAACCUGAGUACGGCUCCAUCGAAAAGCCAGUCGAAAUAUUCCAUAUCAUCGAACAUUUUUGUCUCGGCAGAAGAAGGCUCCAUUUAUUCGGCCGUGACAGUACGAUCCGUCCAGGUUGGCUCACAGUGGGUCCAGAGCUAACCAACACCAAUUUCAACUCCGAUCUGUACAGCAGUUAUUUUUCAUCGGGUCAGAUAACGACCGGAUGUACGGAGAGGAUCGAGGCCCUCAGGCCAAAGUCACCUCCUCCAAAGGGAAAAGUUUCGGGUCGUGGUCGAGGUGGCUUCAAUCGUGGACGUGGACGAGGAAGGUAAAAAUCCUCGAGGAGGAAGCAUUUGAGCAACGAAAAUCGCACAACUGUAACAGUACCUUGGCAACGGAGCACCAAAUUUCGAUGCGGUUGUUCUGAAAAGCGAUACGUUCCAGGAAUCGCUCGGUUAUCUCCAUACGAACAUUUCCCACCACCAAAAGUUCGACGCCAAGAUUUUAUUUUCUCUAACUGUUUUCUCUACAUAAAAUUUUUCUCUCCAUCGUUUUUUUCGUGUCGUUAUAUUUUGUCGUUUUUUUUUUUUUUAUUCAAUAUAUUCAACAUAAAGUAGAUACAUGAUAUCCCCUUAUAGAUAAAAAAAAAAGUUUGAAACUCCGUAGGUGUGAAGGGGCGAUGAAAAGAAAAACAACAGGAAACUUUGACGUAGAAUUUUUUCCAUUGAUUUACAAUAAUUCCAGAUGAUUUUUCAUCGCAAUUUCCUCUCAAUUCGUGUCUCGACGAUCGUCGAAGCACGCACACUUGUAAUUGACUCAAACAUUUUAUCGACGACUCUCUCAUCGUCGUCAACGAAAACAAAUUACAAUCAAUUUUUCCUCCUUUUUCUUUUCAUUGUCGCAAACUCACGCACGUACAAAAACUUUCGUCGUAUCCUCCUCGAUCACAAUUUCAAAUGUUUUCAUGACAAUACUGUAUCCCGGAUAUAAAAUAGUUCGACACAAAAGAAAAAGAAGAGAAGAAAAAACGCUAUGAGAGUUACAAGAGGAGUAUAAAUUUAUGAUUGCUGUCCCUAUCUAUCGAGCCUACUAAAUUCUACGUUAAAUUAUAAAGUUAAGAUCACAUAGCCAAUAAACAACGGUUCUCACCGUACAAGCAACGAUUUUAUCGCACUCUCAUCGUCCUACACUCCCCUAAGGGUAAUCAAAGAUCAUCGAUUCUGUGAAACGAGUCGAUCCAUUUGGAUUAGGCUUGUUCGCUAUUGAUAUUGAGAAAAAGUUGAAUAAUCUUUUCGGUUUAAGCAGCAAUUCGAUUUGAAGAAUCUAAGAAAUAAGUGAAAAUAACAUUUCGACGCAAUGGUGCUAGACAUCGAUUGCUUUCGUUGCUCUCAUCAAGCCUGACCUUCUAUCAAGGCAGCAAAGCGCAAGUUGCUGUUAAUAAAGAUUUAAAAAAAAAAAAAAAACAUUUUUGUAUACUAUUUGACAUUGCCACGCCGAAACGUUAUCAAACAAAUAUAAACCCCGAUGAAUUGUAGGCUGUAAAUUUAAUAAACUUUUUUUAUGCGUA